ACCCUUUCAGGCUUUGACCAUCAGGUCCACCACCACCGCUCUGCCACUCUGUUCUCCCCUGCUGCAUCGCCGUCGCCCGUCGGUGUGACGCUGUCCCUCACCAACCCUCUCCGUCCGGCUCUCCCAAACAAAGGCCACCCAGCACCCACAUACACUCCACACCGUCGCCUCGUCUCCCUCCCAUAUAACAAAGCACGCCACGUUCUUCUCCCCAGUCGCCGUCGUCGGUGCCGCGGCGACGGUGUCAGCAAUUGGCGCGCGCGCCGCGAAAGAAUGGACGCUGCUACUCCUGCGCCUCCGCCGCCACCGUCCGUGGCGAGCGGCAUCGAGCGGAAGCUGAGCCCGGGGGUGGUGCUCCUCAUCGCGAUCCUCGCGAUGGUCUUCUUCAUCAUCGGCCUGCUCAACCUGCUGGUGCAGAACCUCCUGCGGCUGCGGCGGGCGCGCCGGCGCCGGCGCCGGGUCGGCGACGCCGCCGCGGCGGGGGGCGUCGGGGACGGCAGCAGCCCCACGGCGUUCCAGGGCCAGCUCGGGCAGCUGUUCCACCUCCACGACGCGGGGGUCGACCAGGCCUUCAUCGACGCGCUCCCCGUCUUCCCAUACCGCGCCGUCGCCGCCGCCGGCCGCCGCGGGGACGACCCGUUCGACUGCGCGGUCUGCCUCUGCGAGUUCGCCGACGACGACAAGCUCCGCCUGCUGCCGACGUGCGGCCACGCGUUCCACGUCCCCUGCAUCGACACCUGGCUGCUCUCGCACUCCACCUGCCCGCUAUGCCGCGGCAGCAUCCUCGCCGUCGCGGACGCUGAGUGCUCGCCGGGGUCCAGCCCCUCGGCCUUGCUCGUGCUCGACUCCGAGAGCCAUCCCGAGACCGUCGCCAGAGACGGCGGUGAUCCGGAUGAUCGAGGCCGCGAGGAGGCGCCGAAGGAUGCGGAGGAGAUCGUCGAGGUGAAGCUUGGCAAACUCAGGUGCGUCGACGGCAAUGCCAGUGCCAGGGACCUGGCAGUCGACGGCACUAGUGGCAGCAAUGGCAAUGGCAGGGGAAGUCUCGGGCAGAGGAGGUGCCUGUCCAUGGGCUCCUACGAGUACGUCAUGGACGAGCACGCCGCGCUCCGCGUCGCCAUCAAGGCGACGCCCAAGAGAAGAGCCGCGAGCUCAAGGUCGCGCCGCCGCCACGCGCUGUCGGAGUGCGACUUCGGUGGCUCCAAGAAGGGCGCGUGGGAGACGGCGGUGACGGAGGCCGCCGCCGGGCGCUGCGGCGGCGGCGCCGUCGCGAGCCUGAACAGGGACAGCUUCUCCACGUCCAAGAUCUGGAUGGUGCCCGCCGCCAGGAGAGAGGAGGACGGUCGCCGGGCAGCUGAUUCGGCCGGGGAGAGGCGCGCGGUGUCGUUCCGGUGGCCGGCGAUGUCCGCCGUCUGCAAGAAGCACCGUGGCGGCGGGGCCGAGGCGAGCUGGGACGUGGAGGCGGCAGGAGGCUGCCGCGACGAUGCCGCGCCGGCUCCCGCGGAGGAGCGGCCGUCGUUGGCGAGGGCGGCGAUGCUCUGGGUCGCCGACGGGAGUCAGGGAAACCAUUCGUGAUCUGCAUUUGGCUCGCACGUUGGUUGAACAUGCACAGCAUUGGAUUUUUUUUCCCCUUCUUGUUUGAUUUCUUCUCUCCUUUCGUUGUUACUUAGAUUGAUUAUUGUAGUGAUUGCAAAGCGGAGCAGCAAGAAAUUGUAAAGAGGAAGAUGUGUUGCAGGAAUAGCAUUUGGUUGAUUUUUCCAGCUAGAUAAAGAUGGGCUUGCUUUAGAAGUUCAGCAGAAUUCUUGGUGUUUUGCUUUAGAAGUUCUUGGUGUUUUGCUUUAGGAGUUUAGCAGAGUUGGAGGAACUUGGAAGCCACUCAUGAGGAAAAGAAGCAUUGGUUGUUUUGAUUUGUCAGGUAGAUAGUGGUGGACUUGAAAACAAAAAUUGCAAACCUCAUUUGGUUCCUGUCUGUUGAUGGAAAUAAUCAAAUCAAGAAAGUUUGUCUUA